UGAAAACAUAAACAAGGACAAGCAGCAGCAAUUUUUCGGAAACAUUGCAGACGCCCUCCGAAUGCUCAACUACAAUCCGACGACCUCUGCAGACCUGAUGAAGGGCAACUAUUUUUGGGGUAGUGUCGGGGAAGCGGCAUACAAACAAGCGCCUUUGCCAGAGGAGUAUAAGAGCCUCGAAGACA